GCCCUUCAUCAAGAAAACGAAGCCUUAUAUAUUACGGUUGACCAAUUAGCCACUCAGAACCCUAAUGAUUUUAAGCAAACAAUGCCCAAAAUAAGUCUACCUGACAAGUUCGACAGAUCAUGCGUGAAUUUUCAGAAGUCCUCACCUCUACUUGAAAAUUUUGAUGACUUUGUUGAAGUGUUUGAGGCAACUUUUGGAGAUUCAGAUAAGACAAGAACAGCUGCAAACAAAAUUCGUAAACUUACCCAGGGCCUCAAAUCUGCGGCUAGUUAUGCUUCUGAAUUUCGACAAAUUUCAGGUGAUUUGGACUGGGGUGAGACAGUGUUGAUUGAUCAAUUUCGAACCGGGCUUCGUGGAGAUGUAAAGAAUUUACUUCUUAAAAUGCCAGACCCUACCUUCCUUAAUGAUGCAAUCACAAAAGCUGGUAAUAGCAGACAGCAUAGAAUCGAUGCUAUAGCUGUGACCCAAGAAAAUACCGCCCUGGCUCAAGAACAUUCUAUAUUCACGAUUAAAAAGCCUACACCUCUUUCAGUAGAAGUCAUUGAUGGAAGAGAAGUUGAGUCUAGGGCAGUAACUCACGAAACAGAACCUCCACAACUCUGGUUGCAAGACCAUAAAGAGAAACUUUCUUUUAACCUUAUACCCUCACCUCAUUACCAUGUCAUUUUGAGUCUGUCUUGGCUGAUAAAACACAACUCCAAAAUCGAUUGGAAGGAACAUUUUCUUAUCUUCUCAGACCCUUCUUGUAGUGAUCACUCAAAGGAACACUUAACUAUUAAGGUAUUCCCAGAAAAUAAUAAAAAUCAAGAAUGGUUAUACAUGGUGCAGGUGUUUCUAGCAGCAGUCUUACAGACCUCCACCAUUCAAGCAUCUGUUCCAAAGAAAUAUCAAGAAUUUAGUAACGUAUUUAGCAAAAAGGAGGCAGAUAAGCUGCCGGAAAACAGGCUGUAUGACUGCGCCAUCGAUUUAAUUCCUAAUGCCCAACCUUCAUGGAGACCUAUUUAUGGACUGUCAGAGCAGAAAUUAAAAACACUCAAGCAGUAUAUAUAA